UAGCGAGCAGCUGGAGCGGAGUUGGAGGAAGCAGCAGCCUCGGUGAGGGCGGCUGACGAGCGGCUAGGAGACGUGGAGGUGGGAUUGCGAACGGCCCGCGGGUCGAAGCUGGAUCGGAGGCACGUGGGAACCGUGAGCGCAGGAGGCCGCUGCAGCACCGGCUGGGCAAAGGAAGGAAGCCGGCCGGCGGGGGAGGCUCUGCUGGUUGCAUGGAUUUUUUUCUCUGAUGACUGAAAUGCAAGUGAAGCUGCGUGUGGAGUGUGGUGGUGAAAUCAGAUGACAGAUGGACAGUGUGACAAGAGUGUCAGAGAGGAUUGGGCCUCGCCGUGAGAGUCAGCCUGGAGUCAGUGUGUUGACAAGUUACUGAAAAGUACACCAGGAAGGACUGUGGUGCUGAGGAAGUUGAACUGUGUCUUCAGUCACACCAUUGAUGGAGGACAGAUGGACAGCUGAAUGGCCAUCUCUUAAAUCUUUGAAGAGUGGUCCUUUGUCCUCUACUGGACACCUAUUAGGAAUUUUAACACACUCUCUGAAUUCUCUUUCUAUCAAAACCUGAAAUUAGACUACAGUAUACAACCAGCCUCAUCUGUUGCAUGGUAACAGACUGCAAACAUGAGUGCCGAGGGGUACCAGUACAGAGCCCUGUAUGACUAUAAGAAGGAGAGAGAAGAAGACAUUGACCUGCACCUAGGUGACAUACUGACUGUGAAUAAAGGGUCCUUGGUAGCCCUUGGAUUCAGUGAUGGACAGGAAGCCCGGCCUGAAGAAAUUGGUUGGUUAAAUGGCUAUAAUGAAACCACUGGGGAGAGGGGGGACUUCCCAGGAACUUAUGUUGAAUAUAUUGGAAGGAAAAAAAUCUCACCUCCCACUCCAAAGCCCCGGCCACCUCGACCCCUUCCUGUUGCACCAGGUUCUUCGAAAACUGAAGCAGACACUGAGCAACAAGCUUUGACACUUCCGGAUCUGGCAGAGCAGUUUGCCCCUCCUGACAUUGCCCCACCCCUCCUUAUCAAGCUCGUGGAAGCCAUUGAAAAGAAAGGUCUGGAAUGUUCGACUCUAUACAGAACCCAGAGCUCCAGCAACCCUGCCGAAUUACGACAGCUUCUUGAUUGUGGUGAGUAUCAUACAGCCCUAAGUACACAGGGAAAAGACUGAAGUUACCUUUCUGAUUCUGCUAAUGCA